AUGGAACAACUGUGUGAUAACAGUUUGGGGUGGUCGGUUGUCUGUGAGCAGUGAAGGAGGAGUUGUGGUGGGGGUGUCGUGUGAAAGAAAGGAAGCUUUGAAGCUCCUGCUCCUCCCAAAAGCUUCCCUUUCCGCAGCCUCGUCAAAAUCCGGGGAACCUCACCACCUCCUCCAAUCCAAACAACAAAUGCGCCUACCAUUCUCACAUUCACAACAACUUCCCAAUUGAUAACUCAAUAAAGCCAACUUCUUUGGUUCUCACCCCUCCAGCUCUAGGCCAAUAAACAAUACUCAUUGACUCGAAAUCCCAGCACAAAACAAGAUGUACGUUUCCAUCUUCCAAAGCUAGCAACAAACAAAGACUAACACCACUCAAACAAUAGGGUUGUCUACGCCCUAAUAAUCAUCAACAAAGCCGGAGGUCUAGUCUACCAACGCGACUUCGCAGAAGGUCUCAACAAACUAAGCAUAAACGACUACCUCGUCCUCGCAGGGACCUUCCACGGGUACCUACCUAACUCCCCCCUCCCUUCCUCCUCACCCCCCUCAUUCUCUCACUAACACACAUCACAGCAUCCACGCCAUCUCCACACGCCUCAACCCCCUCCUCCCCAACGACACCCCCUCCACAACCUCCCGUCCACUCCCACCCUCCGGCAUCGAAGUCCUAGAAACCGAGAACUUCCGCCUCCAAUGCUUCCAAACGCUCACGGGGACGAAAUUCCUCCUCUUCACGGAGCCGCAACAGCCGAAUAUCGAGAAUAUUAUGGGCAUGAUAUAUGGGCUGUAUGCGGAUUAUGUGAUGAAGAAUCCGUUUUAUAGCUUGGAGAUGCCGGUGAGGUGUGAGGGGUGGGAGAGGAGGCUUGUGAGGGAGGUGAGGGCGGUGAAUAGUCGGUGA